AUGAAAUCAGAUCCUAGCGCAAGAAAAUCAAAUGUCCUGUGCGAGUUCCACCAGGAACCGGGACACAGGACCGAAGACUGCAUAGGCCUACGACAAGAAGUAGCCAGGAUGCUGAACCAGGGAUACCUGAAGGAGCUGCUCAGCGACAAAGGAAGAGCUAACUUCGCCAGGGGACGCGACCGAUCUCAAGGGCCGCCAAGACCGCCGUCCCUGACACGAACCAUACAGAUGAUUAUCAGAGGCGGUGACAAUUCGACAAUCAACCACGUCAAGUUCACCACCACGCACAAACUAAAGCGCACAAUCGCUCAGAAACGGUAUGAUGACUUCGAAGAUUGUAUCACCUUCAAUAAGUCUGAUGUCGACGGUUUGUCCUUCCCUCACUAUGAUGCUUUAGUCAUAACCUUACGCAUUGCUGAUACUGAUGUAAAGAGAAUUAUGGUAGACGACGAAAGCGACAUGUGUAUUAUCCAUCCGAGAGUCCUCACGCAAAUGAGGCUUGAGGAUAAAGUAAUACCGCGUUGCAUAACACUAACGGGUUUUAACAAUGCAGUAGAACGCACCUCCGGAGAGAUAUCACUGCCGGUCCUGGCGGGAGGAGUCACGCUGGACACCACCUUCCACAUCAUGAACCAGGAAACGGCUUACAACGUCAUCAUAGGACGUCCAUGGAUACACGCCAUGCGAGCCGUCCCAUCGAGCCUUUAUCAGGUAAUCAAGUUUCCACCCCAUAGGGAAUAUUCAAUAUCCGAGGUGAACCACGCACCGCCCAAGAAUGUUACCGAAUCGCCCAAGAUUGCACCCACACCAAACAACUGA